GUGUCCAACUUACUAUUCUACUCCACCAUAACACUUAUUACCCUAACACUCAUCCAACCCCUACUCUACCCGGCCUCCCCCAUCCAAAAUAUAAAACUCGCCACUAUACUAAGCCUAGCCCAAACCACUAUCUUUCUUUACUCAAACACUAACUCCAUCACAACAAACUUCAUCUGAACCAACUCACUAUUCAACCUACAAGCCAGUUUUUUAUUCGACUGCUAUACAAUACUAUUCCUCCCAAUCUCCAUCUUUAUCACCUGGUCCAUUCUACAAUUCACAUCCUGAUAUAUACACUCAGACCCAAACCAAAAAACCUUUAUAAAAUACCUACUUCUAUUCCUACUUGCCAUACUAACCUUAACCACAGCAAACAACCUAGUUCAGCUGUUCGUAGGCUGAGAAGCAGUUGGCAUCAUAUCAUUUCUCCUAAUUGGCUGAUGACACGCCCGCACAAACGCUAACACCUCCGCCCUACAAGCGAUCAUUUAUAACCGAAUCGGAGAUAUCGGCCUACUACUAUCAAUAGCCUGACUAGCAAUAAAUCUCAACACAUUAGAAAUACAACAACUAUUUUCCCACAACAUCUCCCCAACCCUGCCAGGACUUGGCCUAAUUCUAGCAGCAAUGGGAAAAUCCGCACAAUUUGGACUUCACCCCUGACUCCCAUCAGCAAUAGAGGGCCCAACACCAGUCUCCGCACUACUACACUCCAGCACAAUAGUUGUAGCUGGAAUCUACCUACUAAUCCGCCUACACCCCCUACUACAACACAACCCUGUCUCUCUCUCACUGUGCCUGUGUAUUGGCGCAAUAACCACAACCUUCGCAGCCCUUUGUGCCAUUACACAAAAUGAUCUCAAAAAAAUUAUUGCCUUCUCAACAUCAAGCCAGCUAGGACUAAUAAUACUUACCGUAGGACUUAAUCAGCCAGAACUAGCAUUCCUUCAUAUCACCACUCACGCAUUUUUCAAAGCAAUGUUGUUCUUGUGCUCUGGCUCCAUCAUCCACAACCUAAACGACGAACAAGACAUUCGAAAGAUAGGAGCAACACAAAAAACCCUUCCAAUCACUACAUCCUGCAUAACUCUAGGCAGCCUAGCCUUAAUAGGAACCCCCUUUCUAGCCGGCUUCUACACAAAAGAUGCAAUCAUUGAAGCCAUAAACACAUCAACCAUCAACGCCUGAGCCCUAUCAACCACACUACUAGCAACAAUCCUCACCACCGCCUACAGCCUACGACUAACCUUCUACACACAACUACACAAACCCCGCUACCACUCAAUCACACACCUCAUAGAAUCAAAUAAAGACCAAAUCAACCCAAUCCUUCGCCUCGCCAUAGCAAGCAUUUUAGCCGGCUUAGUAAUCACAUCAAGCGUACUGCCAACAGUUACACAAACCAUAACAAUACCAAUAGCCACAAAAAUCUCCACAACCCUCGCUCUCCUACUAGGCCUCCUUUGCACUAUUGACCUCCUACAACACACCUCAUUUCUAACUAACCCGCCAAAAACCACACUACAUCAAAACCUGACCCAACUUAUAUUCUUUAACAUCACAAACCAUCGAUUACUACCUAUAACCACUCUAACCUCUGCCCGCUCAACAGCCAUACAACUAAACGACAUAACCUGGUACGAACACAUUGGCCCAAUAAUAGCAAAAACCUACAACAUUAAACUAGCAACCACACUCUCCACCACCAACACCGGCCUCAUCAAAACCUAUCUAACCACCCCACUACUACUCUUAGUCACCUGUCUAAUUUUACUCGCCCUCUA